GUGACAAUAAGUAGUAAGUUGAGUUCGGUUUUAUGGUUUAGUUGACUUUUCUCCUAUAAAGAUAAUAGACAAACUUUAUUUUCUGCAGUUUAAAGAACAUUUAAAUUUAUAUAGUUACGUUGGUGAAAAGUAUAAAGGAAAAUUAUAUCUUAUUAAAAAACAAGUGAGAACACUACGUUUAACUUAGCCAACUGCAGCAGCAAAAAUGGCCGAAACAUUUCUGACAACCCGUAUAUUCCGAAUAGCACUACACAGUUUCCGAUUCUUGGGACUAUACCCUUCGGAAGACGCAAGUAUAUUAUAUUAUAUUUCCGCGAUCUGCCUCAAUUUAAGCGUGACCAUCAUGUACCCGGUGACAAUGUUCAUAGACCUCUUUCUAUCGGAAGAUAUUAGACACUUAUUUGAAAACUUAUCUGUUUGUUUUGCUGAAACGAUGGCCAGUUUGAAGUCGAUAAAUAUAUUCUUAAAGCGAAAACAGUAUCGUCGUAUGAACGACUUAUUAGAGAAUUUGGACGAACGUUUCCGAGCAGUUGCUGAUCCAGAAGAAGAAAUAUUUUUGAAGAGAAUUGUCAAGAUUGCGUAUCGAAUCCUGGUCGCCUAUUUUAUACCAUUUUCUUUAGCUGCACUCACGUGCAUGCUUCCGGCCGUCUUUUCAAAAACAAGGCGACUCGUAUAUGCGGCCUGGUUUCCUUUUGAUUGGCGGAAUAAUGAUACAACGUACUACAUAAUCUCUACCUACCAAGUGCUUGGUAUAUGGGUUACGAUCUACCAAAAUAUAAUGAACGACACAUUUCCUGGACUAUAUUUAUGGGUCUUGAAAGGUCAUUUCCGAGCACUUAAUAUCAGAGUUUCCAAGAUCGGCUAUGACCUGAAGAAGAGUAACGAUCAGAAUUACUACGACUUGCUCAGAUGUAUUUCAGAUCACAGGAUCGUAUUGGAAUACUGUGACGUUUUUGAAGAUAUAUUCAGUGGAGUUUUGUUGGUUCAAUUUUUUAUAACCGAAGUCAGCGCCUGUAUUACUGCAGUCUACGUUUUCUUUGCUGAUAGUAAAGCGGAAAUAGUGUACACUGCAGCGUACUUCAUCUGUGUUUUGAUUGAGAUAUGCUUACCUUGCUUUUGUGGAAAUGAAAUUGAAUACGAAAACAACCAAUUUACGACCGCUUUAUAUUCUUGCAACUGGAUGGAUCAGAACCAAAAAUUCAAGAAAACUUUGAUUUUCGUCAUGCAGAAAACUGAAAAGCCUCUGGAAAUUUAUGCAGGUGGUGUUGUGAAAGUGUCCAUUUCAACUUUACUCGGGGUUUUCAAAAGCACUUACUCUCUGUUUGCUAUUGUGAACCGAAUGCGCUAAACAAAAAUGGAGUCGUCGUUCAGAAAGAUAUUUCGAUCAUAAGAUUAAAGAUGAGAUUAAUAAUUGAAGCUCAAAAGGAUUUAGUAGGAACAUUUAAAACAAUUCUUUCUUCUUUUUCGAACUUAAUAUUACACCAAAAUAUGUACUCAUUAGCAUUAAAAAUUUCUGAAAAUAAAGUCA